AUGGCUGGCUUUGGCAGCAAGAGCUUGGUCCUGGCUUCCCUGCUGGGGUUCUUGGUGCUGCUCCUGUGCAGCACCUCUGAAGCACAAAGCAAUCAGGAUUGCUGCCUGUCUUACACCAAAGUGCGUCUGCCUCGGAGGGCCCUAAAGGGUUAUACUGAACAGCUCUCCAGUGAAGUCUGUGAUAUCCAUGCGAUCAUUUUCCACACCUACAGUGGGCUGAAGGCCUGUGUAAACCCUAGGGAAGGCUGGGUGAAGAAGCAUCUUCUUUUCCUGAGCCAUAAGCUCAAGAAGAUGUCAAUGUGAUACGGUUUCCAGUGGGGAACUAAACACAGACGUGGCUGAAGAACUACUAGGUUCAACCUCUUGGUUGAGAUCAUCAUCUUGUACACUGUUGUGUGCUUACUCACCACUAUCUCUGGCUUCUUUGGAACCGUUGAACUCCUUUAGUUGAUUCAUAUUGCAUCACUGUUUUGCUUGAAUUAAGCAUUUUGUUAAAGUUCCUACUUUUACUAAUACG